AUGUUUCCAAUCUUGGGCUUUUUGGAUGUUUUUGAUUUGAGUCACGUGAUGGCAGAUAUCGCCAACCACAGCCGUGCGUCGCACCGAACUGAAGAUUCAUCGACAGUGAGCCGCAAACGGAAGCGCAAUGAAGGCAGCUCGGAUAGGUCGCAGAGUGCCCAAAAUAAUAGCAAGAAGAAGAGUUCUGCUGCCAGUUCGUCUCGGGAAAGGCCAGCAGGCGGCUCGUCCAGCUCAAAGGCAGAUUUCGAAGCCCAAGCGCAGCUCGACGGGCUUGUCCAGGGUACAAGUCCUGCGGAGGGUGAGGCAGCGCCGGGGAUGGAAUACAAGCCUGAUGGGAGAAAAACGAAGAAAGGCAGUAGAGACGUGGCAGGCGGAUCUGAUCAGCCGUCUCGAAGGGAUGAAGUUCGAAGAACAACAUCCGAGCGGGAGUCCGGCGAUUCAAGCAUCAAACGAAAAGUGACCACAAGGAAAAAGGAGAAAGGGAGUCCUGCCAUACCAGCCACCAACGGCGCCGAUGGAGAGACUACAAGGCAUAAGAAGAUCAUGUCAAAGUAUGAGAAGUCGAAACGGAGCGUAACCGGCCAUGCUUUACCUAACUUAAAGGAAAAUAAGGCGGAGCCUAUAGUAGAUGAGAUUCAUGGUCUGGUGCCAUUGCCUCAGCCUGCCCUUGCGCCGACUGAACCGGAGAGACCAUCUUAUACUACACUUCCUCCAUGGCUGGCGGCUCCCUCUACGGCCUCUGCAGGUCAUCCCUCAAGCUUCUCAGAUUUGGGAAUUGGGGACAGUUUGGUUGAUGCUCUAAAGGCCAAGGGAUUCACAGAGGCAUUGCCAGUGCAGUCAGCUGUAAUACCCCUACUUUCCAAGAGCUCAACACGAUACCCGGGGGAUGUUUGUGUCUCAGCUGCCACCGGGUCCGGUAAGACUCUGGCGUACGUCCUCCCCCUUUUCUCAGGCCUGGAGCGUCUCCCCGUUGCGAGGCUGCGGGCAGUGAUUAUUGUCCCCACAAGAGAGUUGGUGAAGCAGGUUCGUGACGCGUGCGAACUCUGCUCGGGCGGCUCGGGACUUCGAAUUGGCACGGCCGUGGGUUCAUCUGCUCUCAAGGACGAACAAACCCAGAUAAUGGAGCAAAAUCGGGCGUAUAAACCGGAUAGCUGGACUAGUGGCGGUAAUGGUAGCAACAAGAUGACUGCGGAAGAAUGGGCGUCUUUCAGCCUGACGGACUACGUCGCUGAAGUGGAGGAAUACAGCAAGACCCUGCCCGACCAUGUCAUCGAGUCGUCGCCCUGUGUUGAUAUAUUAAUAUGCACUCCGGGGAGACUGGUUGACCACAUCCGGUCGACCAAAGGUUUCACAUUAGAAUCCCUUGAGUGGCUAGUCAUCGACGAAGCUGAUCGGCUACUCAACGAGAGCUUUCAAGAGUGGGUUGAUAUAGUUCUUCCCGCAUUGGAUGGUGUGGAAAAAUCUACUUGCAGCGGCCCAUUAUAUCAGCUAACGAAGGGAAUAAGCUGCCCUGUAGAGCCUCGAUGGCCCCAGAAGGUCGUACUAAGCGCUACUAUGACCCGGGAUAUAACCAAACUCAACUCCCUGAGGCUACAAAAUCCAAAGCUGGUGACGGUUGAUGCGGCAGAAAAGGGCAACGCUGGAUUAACGGGCCAGGAUAGUAAUUUCGCAUUACCCUCCCUACUGGAUGAAAGUUCGAUACUUGUCGGUGAUGGAUCUGAGAAACCUCUAUAUCUCCUUAAGCUGGUAAGGUCAUCUAUCGGCAUGGUAGUCGACCAGAAGGCCGGGACCAAAAACAGACGGAUGUCAAUCUCCACUUCGUCAAGUGACUCUAGUGACACAACUGAUUCAUCAGACGAUGUCGCCUUAUCAUCUUCAUCCUCAUCCUCACCAGGAAAUGACUCGUCAGACUCGGAUUCGGAUUCUCAAUCGUCAGUGAGCAGCCAUUCAUCCACCUCGAACAAACAAAGCACAUUCCAACCUUCGGUCCUUAUAUUCACGAAAUCAUCAGAGGCUGCAUCACGACUCUCACGCCUGCUUACUCUUAUACACCCCUAUCUUGACGGCAAAAUUGGAACUCUCAUUAAAUCUAACAAAUCGAGCACCUCUCGGAGGGCGAUAUCAGCCUAUAAAAGGGGGAAGAUACGAAUAAUCAUUGCAACAGACCGUGCUUCUCGUGGCUUGGAUCUCCCUCUCCUGGAUAAUGUCAUUAACUAUGAUGUUCCUAACAGCUUGACUACCUAUGUCCACCGAGUUGGCCGUACUGCAAGAGCAGGCCGACCCGGCACUGCAUGGACUCUAGUAACUCAUAGCGAAGGCAGGUGGUUUAAGAACGAGAUCAGCAGGGGCAAUGUGAACAGGGCUCCUGGGAAGACAAUCAGGCGAGUAGCUCUCAAACUAGACGACAGAGACCGGUCAGAGCUGCAGGAGAGAUAUGGGAAGGCUCUCAAACAGUUAGAGGCCGAGGUAGCAGGCCAGGGGAAAACGAUAGACAAACCAAAGGCUAGCUAG